GCCAGGAAUGCUGUGAAGCGGCCUCAGCCUCCAUCCCACUUCCUAGAAGUCAGCUGAGAUGGCGAGAGCGCGGUCGUGCUGGCAGACCAGGAAGCGCUGUCUGUUGCAAUGACUCCCCUAAUUACCGGUAACUGAAGUACGUACGAGGACUGCCCCGCAGGUUUGGUGCUGCCUCUAUAAAACAACAUGCUCUGGCCAAGCUGCUGAGACAUCUUCUUUCGGCCAGUGCACCGGGUAGGAGAGAUGCAGGUGUGCCAGCAGCACGAGAGGAGAAACAUCAUUUGACUUACUGAAGAAUUAAAACCGACAGCACCACAGAGCCGUGUGGGAGAAAAGGGGAUUUUAGACUCAAGUGACACAAUCAAGUCUUGAGAAGUAAAGAAAUUUGGAUGUUUUCUCACCAAAUGGAAGUUAUCUAGAAAGCCUCUGAGACUACUGCAUCCCUCUAUCCCACUUCUGCUGCGCAGAGACUGUGCUCUUGGCCCUGGACGUUAAUAAAAUGCUGGAUUCAAUCAAGUGUGUCCUGGUGGGAGACUCUGCAGUGGGGAAAACAUCUCUCUUGGUACGUUUCACCUCCGAAACUUUUCCAGAUGACUACAGACCCACUGUAUAUGAAAAUACUGGAGUGGAUGUCUUCAUGGAUGGUGUACAGAUUAGCCUAGGUCUUUGGGACACAUCUGGCAGUGAUGCCUUCAAAGGCAUUCGCCCCCUCUCAUACCAACAGGCAGAUGUGGUAUUAAUGUGCUACUCGGUGGCAAACCACAAUUCCUUUCUGAACCUGAGGAAUAAAUGGAUCGGCGAGAUCCGCAGCCAUUUGCCUCGCAUCCCUGUUUUGGUAGUGGCUACUCAGACUGACCAGCGCGACACGGGACCUUACCGUUCCUCCUGCAUCAGCCCGAUAGAUGGGAAGCGGCUCGCCCAGGACGUGCGAGCCAAAGGCUAUUUGGAGUGCUCUGCCCUCAGCAACCGCGGGGUGCAGCAGGUGUUUGAGUAUGCCGUGCGGACAGCAGUCAAUCAAGCCAAAAGGCAGAACAGGCGGAAGCUCUUCUCCAUUAACGAGUGCAAGAUCUUUUGAGGACAGUCAGCAGUGGUUUUGCCCACGUUCAUUCUUUCUGUCUUCACACAAAGAUACUGCAGCAGAGGGAAUGGGAGGUGAAUCAAAGGAGGACUCCUGGCAGGACCGCAGUGCAGGUGCCCCUGGUGAGACAGAUGUGCACUCUAUCUGAUCUGCUCCCCCUCAACACACAUGGGUCCUAUCCUGAAAAACAAAAGGUGCAGGUACAUGCCCUUAUUCACAAGCCUGUGUUUGGACUUUGCUGGUCUGGGCUGAAGUGGGCCUAGCCUGGAGAUCUGCAGAUAAUAGCUGUGCUGAUUUUGUUGUUGUUUCUGUUGAUGUUCCCCAGUUGUUGGUUUGUCUGCAUUUAUUUAAUGACUAACUUCUGCCUGGAUCAACCCCCAUCUCUUCACAUAUCUGUCCAUGUGGAGUUUUUUUACUUUAAGAACUUAGUGUAUAAAAUCUGACCACUGUGUAUUCUAUUUAAAAGACUAUUGUAUAUGUUGUUAUAAAAUCCUGACAGUUUGUUUUCAUAUUUUGGAGGUUCUUCCUUUAGCCAACCACAGAAGCUAAUUGUCCUAUCCAUAUAAUAAAUGGCCAGCAGGCAAGCCUAGCACUUCUUAGACAUGCCCAAGUUGCUGUGUAACAGUAAUCAAAUCCAGUACAUCCAGCAUAGGAGUGAUCAAAACUUAGUGGCAUUGGACAGCUGUCCUGUGGCUUUGUGAGGUUUAUUUUGUUAUCUUAGUCUUGUUCCUCAGCAAUGUGGUCAAAGAUGGGAUGAACCAGGAAGAAACUAACCUGAUUCUUCCUAGACCUCACCUGGUUACAACCCCAGAAGGGCUGCCUUGCAGUUAGGACUGGUUUAGACAUGUGGUUGGGGUGGCAGAGAUGAAUCUGUGCUAUCAUCACCUCUCUUGUCCCUGCUGUUAAUUCUGGAGGAAAAAGAUUUCAGUCUCCAGAGAUAAAAGGUAUUUUUUCAUGAGCACUAAAAUUCUCACAUAUUUUUAGUACACUUAUUUUCAAAACAGUGGUUUUGGUGAAACCAGUCACCUACUAUAGUAAAAAAAAAAAGUACCUGGCAAUGUUGAAUGUGCGUAGUUAAAAUGGCUAAAUAACUUUUUUAAUUUUUUUUUUUUGAGUUUGCAUACUAAGUAUAACUGCCUGGGUUGUAUCAAAAUGAGACUGAAACAGGCUUCGCAUCCUGGGCAGCCUGGCAAGACUAAGAGUCAAAUCCUAACAUACCUACUCGGGCCAAGUUACCCUCCUGCACAGAAAGCCAGACUAAGGAGGUAGAAACUCCAGGCGUAUAAAAGAACUCUGCUAGAAGACGGAGUGGGGUCAACACGUAAUGCUGUACAUUCCUCGUGAGUUGUGGUGUUCCCCUCCUCCUCAAGUUAUUUGUCCCCUUUGCCCCACACCAUCUCUCAGGUUUUGCAGAUCUGUCUCAUCCCAAGGUUUCUGCUGCCCAUAGAGGGAAUCCCCUGGGGGAUUUCUUAGUGCAGCAAGAUAUUUUUUUUCUCCCUUUUCCUGUCCUUCUGCUCACUUAGGACUGACCUCUGAGGGGCGUAUAGCAUGGUGCCAUAAAAGAUGAUUCUUUCUCCCUGCGGAUCCCGAGAGAAUGACCUGUGUCUGUUUUGACUGAACCCAGACUCAGGUGUUUCAGCAGGAAUGGAUGCAGUGGCUUGUCUGAUUGAAAUCCAAGGUGGGACGUCAGCAGUUACCCUACCAAGCAAAUAAGCUAUAGCUCAGACCUCAUCUAUCUAUAGUUUGUCCCUGAAAAACUAGUUGGGUGCUGUUCUUCAUACUCUGUUCUAUCUCUGAGCUUCACUAUAAAGACAAAUUCCAAAUUAAAUCAUUCCCCUCCUAUGAAUCCCAGAGUUGAUCUCACCUGUGAUAUAGAUGAGCAAGUAUUUGCAUUGCGGGCACCUUGAAUAGCAGUGGUGCACAGGACACUUGAGGUUGUGAUGGUCUCACCAUCUCCCAGGCUGGUGAAUAUUUACCACUCAUCAACCUGAUUGUAAGGGAGGCUUCUGGUCAUAAAAACAUACUGGUCUCACGUGAGGUUUUCAUAUCAGCUUUAAAUCUUUGCAAGCUUCUGCACCCAAGCACACAAGACAAGGGCUCCCAUCAAUGCCCAUCUUGCCUGUGCUCUUCUUUUUCCUACUUCUCCUUCUCUUCAAAUGUUGAUUGCAAACCCUUUGCCCCUUGAAACACUAAAACUGACAUGUUUGUAAAAGAACCUGAACAGCGUGACCCUUACGCAGAGUUACACAAGUGGCUAGGUAUUUGCAGUCCUUGGUUAAAAACCUUUUGGCUUUUAGAAGAAAAGUUUCUACAUCUCAACUCUCGCAAUGCCUCUUCACUGAAAGUUUUGGGUUUUGUAACCCUAAUUUAAAAGUAGCCAUUGUUACUGUUUGAACAUUAAAGAUCACAUGCAAAAUGUCAUGUUGUGAAUCUUCAGAUCUGUUAUAAUUGUUAUGGUCCCCACAGCACUAACGGAUUUAAUACCUGAUUUCAACUUUUUUUCAGACAUAUUUUUGCCAGCAUGUUCUAUUAAAUGGUCUUUUUUCUCCGUGGGUUAAGCUUUAUU